AUGAUGAUGAUCACAGGUUCCCUCCCCAGCGAAAUUGCAUUGGCUACAAACUUGGAUUGGUUAUAUUUGAACAAUGUUGGGCUGAUUGGUUCACUGCCGAGUGAGAUUGGAACAUUAUGCGUGCUGCGUGACAUUAUCAUUAGAAACAACCAGCUAUCAGGGCCGUUCCCAAAGGAACUGCAAGAACUGACUGGUCUCAUACGAAUUGACCUUGAACACAAUGACUUCUCUGGAAGUCUUCCGACCAAGUUGCAAUCAUCCUCAAAUUUCAUUAUUCUGCAACUGGGAGGCAACCGAUUCUCUGGCCACAUUCCUUCUGAGUAUGGUGCGAUGACGGCCCUUAAUAUCCUGAAUCUAACCAAUUUGCCCCUGUUGACAGGAACCGUUCCAUCUGAGUUGAGUUCCUUGUCCUUACUGGCCCACUUGGACAUGAGUGGCAGUGAUGGUCUAUCGGGUAUGCUGGCAGAUGAUUUCUGUUACAUGCAGAAUUCCUCUGUGUCCGGUGGACCAGGGCUUGCAUUCUCCGAUUUGAAUGCACCACCAGCUGUGUGGUUGUGA